AUGAUUGCUUCGGAUAUACAACCGUUUCGUAUAGUCGAAGACAAGGGGUUUAGGGAGUUCGUGCAGUGCCUGGACCCACGGUAUAAAUUGCCAUCCCGACCUACUAUUCAAAAUGUUCAUUUGCAGAAAAUAUUUGAUGAUUUGGAGAAAAAAUUGCAAGCUAACCUUAAUAAUAUCGAUAGCUGUGCUAUAACUACAGAUGGUUGGUCAUCAAAGGCGAAUGAAAGCUAUAUCACCGUUACGUGCCAUUUCAUAGACAGCGAAUUUAAAUUGCGAUCGGUUGUUUUAGGGACAUGGAAGCUUGCAAAUGAACUGAAUCACUCAGCUGAAAAUAUUUCACAAUCACUGCGUGAGUGCCUAAACAAAUGGAAUAUACUUGAAAAAGUUAACUACGUGGUUACAGACAACGCUGCUUCAAUGCUUAAGGCUUGCGAACUUCUUGAGAAAAAAAAUUUACCCUGUUUUGCACAUUCCAUCAAUCUUGUAGUGCAAGAUGCUUUGUCGACGGAAAAGGUCAAAGUAAUUCUAACAAAAUGCAAACGUAUAGUGGCCUACUUUAAAAGCAGCACUAUUGCUUAUGCAAGAUUAAGGAAGGAGCAGGGGGAUGGAAAACAGUAUAGCCUUAUUCAGGAAGUGCCUACAAGGUGGAAUAGCGCGUUUGCUAUGAUGCAACGAAUUUUAGUCAUCAAAGAUGCAAUAUUUUCAGUACUUUUAAGCACACCAAAAGCACCACAGGUUUUUACAGCAGACGAGGUAGAGCAACUUGAAGAUUUCAUUCGCUGUACUGAAAAUGAAUUAGCUGAGGUGAAAAGAAUUACUGCGUCGACAUUGGAGGGCGACAUACAGGAACCGUCAACAUCUAAAAGUAUGGAAGUACCUGAAAUUUACGAAUUUAUGAAAGAAAAACUUUCCUGCAAAAUAAAAUCAAAUAGAGCCGAUUCUAUUAUCGCUUUACGUGAAUAUGCGGAAAAGCCCAAUGAACCUUUAAAUUCAGACCCAUUGGAGUACUGGAAGACUAGAACGUCUGAUAUGCGACAUUUACAAAUUUUAGCACUCAGGUACCUCUGCAUUCCAGCUACUUCAAGCGAAUCGGAACGAAUGUUCAGCAAGGCUGGGGCCGUAAUAUCCGACAGGCGUACUAGACUUAAAGAAAAAAAUGUAAACAUGCUCCUUUUUAUAAACAAAAACUCAUGGAUGAUCUCGUGAAUACGUAUUGUUAAAGAAGUUCGUUGUUUUCCACUUUUCUGUUAAGUUUUUAUACACACCUAUGCCCAAAAUAUUAGAAACACGAAAUUUUG